GACAAGCAUACGAGCACCAAAGAGAACAGAAGAGAAACGGGAACAUGCCAACAAGUUCGACUUGAACUUUUGAACAUGGAACUUCGGGAGAGAUCCGGCCUUGUGCUCACAUCAGAUAAGAUCAAAUGUUCAUGCGCCACUUAUCAGAUAUGAUGGCCGCCAGCAUCUAAUCAGAUUGCUGAUCCUAUCCCAGACUGUCGGUGCAGUUCUUCUGCACACAUCGUCCUCAAGUAGCGGUAGAUUCAGCAGUCGGAGGUCGUCCGAAUGGUUCUACCAUCUCUUUUUGCUCGCCAAGUUGCUUUUCCACCGGUAAAUACUUCCCAUCAUCUACCUUACCCCGAAUUCAUGCUCAUCAGUGCUCAUUCCGCUACCUUUUCAGGUACACGGAAGGGUUAUGAAGAAGCCGUAUCGACUGCUAUGGUUCGCCAAGGUUCGGACUACCUUGCUAUUGGACCGCCGUCCGAAGCAUCGGUCCCGUGGGGCGAGCCCACAUGGAAUUUUAUAUAUCUAGCUCGGUGGAUUGCAGCUGCUACCAAUCCCUCUCCACCCCCUACACUCGCCGCUCGAUACACUUCGUUUGGCUAAAGCAAAAUGGUUGCCUCUAUCACGACGCCUGUGACCCAACUACUCGGUAUCCAACAUCCCAUUCUCCUUGCGGGAAUGGAUCGUGCAUCGGGACCUGAACUUGCAGCAGCCGUGACGAACGCUGGUGGUCUCGGUGUUGUUGGGGGUCUCGGUUUUACACCACAGGGUAUCCGAACGAUGAUCAAGGAUCUCAAGAAACUUCUCCAUAACCCGGAUGGAGGCUUCGGUGUUGACUUGUUGAUUCCGCAGGUCGGAGGCAACGCCCGCAAAACAAAUUAUGACUACACUAAAGGCCAGCUCCCCGAAAUUAUUGAUGUCCUCAUCGAGGAGAAAGCCAAGCUCUUCGUUUCCGCCGUCGGUGUCCCACCAAAGUGGGUCGUAGACAAACUCCACGGUGCCGGUAUCCUUGUCAUGAACAUGGUUGGCCACCCCAAACACGUCCCCAAAGCCCUGGCCUCCGGCGUCGACAUCAUCUGUGCCCAAGCAGGUGAAGCCGGCGGACACACCGGUGAAAUUCCCGGUUCAGUCCUCAUCCCCGCCUGCGUCGACGCCGUCCGAGGUCACACAUCCCCUCUCACCGGUAAACCCAUCUACGUCAUCGGCGCUGGUGCAAUCUACGAUGGACGGGGUCUUGCUGCGAAUUUGUGCUGGGGCGCUCAAGCUGUUUGGGUUGGGACUCGGUUUGUGGCUAGUGUGGAGAGUGGAGCACCGAAGAUUCAUAAGGAAUUGCUUGUGAAUGCUGGGUUGGAUGGGUUGAUUAGGACUGAGGUUUGGAGUGGACGACCAGUUAGGAUGAGGAGGACGCCGUAUUAUGAAGAUUGGGAGAAGAACCGUAAGCAAGAAAUGCUUGACCUCAUGUCCAAGGGUAUCGUCCCCCGAAAUGACGAUCUCCAAAAGCAUCCUGAGAAGAUGGCCGAGAGUCAGUCGUAUCCUAUGGGUUACGUUGCUGCCCUCAUUAACGAUGUUCUGCCUGCAAAGACUAUCGUGGACAACAUGGUCAACGACGCUGCAACGAUCCUUCAAGAGCGCGCGGGGAGCGUGAGGAUCACUGCGAAGUUGUAAUUGAUAUCUAUAUGCUUUAGAGCCUCAUGUAUAGUGCUUUAGUCACGAAUAAUGUUCUGUAGUUAUGUAAGUUCUUUGAUAAUUACCUCUGUUCAGCCUACAUUGAAGUUCCAUCAAACCCUAUAGGCUAAGUGAACGUCUGUCUAUAUACACUAGUACUAUCGUACAAUUUAGGACAACCAGAAUGUUAGCGAGGAGUCAGUGUCGUUUUAUACGCAAUACGAUUACUGUAUUGGU